AGACACGCACACGCGGGGAAGCGGACCGCAUCCGUCCGCCGCCGCAGACGGCUCCAGCGGCGCCUGCCGUGCAUGCAGGGGCUUUGUCAUCGGGAUCGUGAAACGCGUCGGAGCCGGUGUCCGAGCUAUUCUAACCGAGAGAAGACGCAAAGGCACACGGAGAAGGAGGAGAAAGCAGCCGUGUCCUGCAUCCUCCGUACCCCCCCACCCCCGCUGACAGCUGCGUCCGGACCCCCGCCGCGUCCGCUGAUGUGGAGCUGACAUGCUGCAGUGAGUCUGGACAUACGGAAACCGACUUCCCUCAGAUCCUAAUGGGAUGCAGCCAGAUCAAUUAUUAACAUCAAGCCUGGAAGACCCCCUGUCACUUUGAUGUGUGAGCACACCCACCAAUAAUGGCCCAUAGGAUACGCAGUGGAACUCCAGCCGAGGUAGACUUGAUCCUGUAUCCGACCCGGGUCACCCUGCAGACUUUCUCUAUCUCCAAAUACAUCUGACUUUAACAAGUGUUGUGGCGCCGGUGUCUGGAGGUGUUUAGCUCUGUUGGAGAAGUUUGGAUGAACCACUGACAUAAGAUUCCAGUGUGUGACCGAAGAGCAUGAGGCUGCUGUGGAAAUCCCUGGACAAGAUGAGGUGUCUGAGGAAACGCUCCACCAUGCCCUUCCUCGGCUUCCUCAUCACCUUCCUCCUCUUUCUAAAUCUCUACAUUGAAGAUGGUUACGUGCUGGAAGAGGAUAAAAGGCAGCUCAGGGAAACAUCAGUCCACCCUGCGAGCUCAGAGCGAUAUGUUCACACCUUCAGAGACCUCAGUAAUUUCUCUGGAACCAUUAAUGUCACGUACCGUUAUCUUGCUGGAACCCCGCUGAACCGCAAGAAGUAUCUCACCAUCGGACUGUCUUCAGUCAAAAGAAAAAGGGGGAACUAUCUUCUAGAAACCAUCAAAUCCAUCUUUGAUCAGUCCAGUUAUGAGGAGCUCAAAGAGAUCGUGGUUGUGGUCCACCUGGCGGACUUUGACCUGGCCUGGUGUGAGAACCUGGUGCAGGAAAUCACCCGGAAGUUCGCCCACCACAUCAUCGCCGGACGCCUCCUGGUCAUCCAGGCUCCAGAGGAGUACUACCCUUCUCUGGACGGCUUAAAAAGGAACUACAACGACCCAGAGGACAGGGUCCGCUUCCGCUCGAAGCAAAACGUGGAUUACGCUUUCCUCCUGAACUUCUGCACGAACCUGUCUCACUUCUACAUGAUGUUAGAAGACGACGUGCGCUGUUCCAGGAACUUUCUCACGGCGCUGAAGAAGGUGAUCACGUCCAGAGAGGGAUCCUACUGGGUGAUGCUGGAGUUCUCCAAGCUGGGAUACAUUGGGAAGCUGUACCACUCCAAAGACCUGCCACGUCUGGCUCACUUCUUGCUCAUGUUCUACCAGGAGAUGCCCUGCGACUGGCUCCUGAUCCACUUCAGAGGUCUGCUGGCCCAGAAGGACGUGAUCCGCUUCAAACCGUCACUGUUCCAGCACAUGGGCUACUACUCCUCAUACAAGGGAGCAGAGAACAAGCUGAAGGACGACGACUUUGAGGAAGACUCUCUAGACAUUCCUGACAACCCACCUGCCAGCCUUUACACCAACAUCAACGUCUUUGAGAACUAUGAUGCCACCAAGGCUUACAGCACUGUAGACGAAUACUUCUGGGGGAAACCUCCUUCCACUGGAGACUUUUUUGUCAUAGUCUUUAAUAAAUCCACCAAAAUUAGUAAAAUUAAGAUUGCCACUGGUUCUGAUGACCGUCAAAAUGACAUUCUUCACCACGGAGCUCUGGAAGUAGGAGAGAAACUAAUUGGAACUAAAAAAGGGAAGCAGUGUUCCUCCUACAUCACAAUAGGAGAGUUUAAAAACGGCAAUAUUGAGGUUCAAGACGUAGACCACAAAAUCGCCUUUGAUAUCGAGUGUGUACGCAUUGUGGUCACAGCCAGUCAGAAAGAGUGGCUGAUUAUUAGAAGUAUAAGUUUAUGGACGACACAACCCCCCAACCAAUGAGGACUCACACAGAGACACUUAGUACGUCAUAGAGGCAAAGGUUUUUAUUAUUAUUAUUAUUAUUAUUAUUAUUAUUAUUAUUAUUAUUUACUAAUGUAUGUAUUUACAGGUUUAUUUAUUCAUUUUGUAUGUAUUUAUUGAUACUCAUUUUGAUUGCCAGAUCAAUCUAUAGUUUUUUAUACUUGCAAGUUGAAACCUUAGUGGAGCAUCUUCCCAGUCAUGAAGGACUGUUCAGCUGACCUCAGAGUAUUCACAGUACCGUUUCUUUAGCGUUUAGCAGACUUUGUUUAGUUUCAGCUUCAGAUAGCUAUCCUGACAGAGGGCUGGGAGAUUAUCGUUGAAGGGGAUCAAAAUAAUAAUUGACUUGUUAUCAUGGUUUCAGAGAGAUUAUCAGUAAAAUGAUAAUUGCUGCGUUAUAAUACAGACAGGUGACAAAUUAAGGGGAACAUACUGUGUCUCAGGUGUUUUCAUACCUAUUUUGGUUGGUUCAGAUU